AUGAAGGAAUUGAGAGAUAGUGAAUUUUCAGGAGGCUUCACAAGGUUUUGUGAAAUGAUACUAUUUUGUUGUGAUUGGGAGGAACCAAGAAAAUUGAAAUCUGUGUGUUUGCUGAUAUCAGCCCAUUUAUGGUCUAUGGCAGAGAGGAUAAGGUCAGGUGAAAUGUUAGUGAAGAGGGAAACAACAUCUAAACUUAUAAAGGAAAGAUCAGAUGUUGCUGGUAUUUGGAGUCGAAACGAUCAAGUCAAAUCUAGUCAUUUUGAAAAUUUGGGGUCAGGAAUUUCAGAUCGCGAUUUGUACCACAGGAUAGAUAUGUACGUCGAUAGAUAUUUAAAAGAUAACAGUGCAGCUUAUGUUAAAGAUUCCUUAGUCUCUCAGCCAAAUUUAAAAAUAAUAUCCGAUACCAUCAAGAACGAAUUUCAAUUACACCAAAAUCCUGUUUACGACUCGAACUUUAUUACAAAAGUUGCCGGUUUGGUGCGCGAAAAAUUAAAUGAAUAUCCACAAAAAUUAGUUUUAACUCCUGCACAUUUCAAGGAAAUCAAAAACGCUUUACAAUCAGGCACUAUGAAACUAGAUUCAAACAAUUUUGAUAUAUCUAUUCUCAUUCAAGAUCUCAUUCAGCACCCCUUGUUGCAGAAUUUUAUUACACAAAGUGGCCUAAAUGUAGACAAAGAUUAUUUAGUAAACCAGCAAAAGGUUUUGUUCGAUUUAGAAAAGCAAAUACGUGCUAAUAAUUUAGAAAUAGAACGCCUUAAAAAUAUGAACCAGGAAACUGAUAUUGUUAAAUUACAAAAUACUGUUAACAUAUUAAAAGAACAGCAGAUAAAUUUGAAGGAUGACUUGGCUAAAGUUCGUGUCGAGUUUAAAGAGAAACUGAGUAGUUUGAAUAUCGAGUUUAAAAAAUUACUUUCUGAUAUUCUGGGGUAUGAUGUUAACAAUAAUUCAGUGAGUUUUAAGGCUUGGAUUAACGAAGCGUUUUUGGCUAAGGAUGUUUUGGAGAAUAAGUUGAACGAACUCAGGAAUAAUGUGAAAGUUGAUUCGCAGAGUACGAUGGAUGCCAGUGCUGCUGUACUUAUGAAACAUAUUGGAGACAGUAUUAAAUUGGCUAUUUUGAGAGGCUCCGUUUCACAGUCAAGUAUAGAUCUAAGUGGUUUUGAUGUCCAGGAAAUUGUUCGAAAAGCUCUGGCCAAAUAUGAUGCUGACAAAACCGGCCUGGUUGAUUAUGCUUUAGAAAGUGGAGGCGGACAGGUUUUAACAACACGUUGUACAGAAACCUAUAGCUCAAGGACAGCCCAGUAUACCUGGUUCAACAUACCAUUGUGGUAUUCAAGUAACUCACCGAGGACAGCUAUAACGCCAGGGACUCAUCCUGGACAAUGCUGGGCGUUCCAGUCCUUCCCUGGAUAUUUAGUUCUGCAAUUGAGUUUGCCAAUACAAGUAACUGGUUUUACAAUGGAACAUGUUCCUAAAGAAUUGGUUGCUAAUGGAAAUAUUGAUUCUGCACCGAGGAACUUUUCAGUUUGGGGUUUGAAAGAAGAACAAGAUCAAAAUCCCUCUCUCUUCGGCUACUUCGAGUACGAGUACGACGGGCCGAGUUUACAAUAUUUCCAAGUCAAAUCGGAUGAAACAAAUCAGCAGUAUUUUAAUAUUGUUGAACUCAGAGUUGAAUCUAAUCAUGGCAAUCCAGUAUUUUCAUGUUUGUACAGAUUUAGGGUACACGGGACACCCAUAACGAAGGAUGAAAUGGAAAAGUUUAGGAGUCGAUGAUUAGAUUUCAAACGGUCAUGUAAAUAUUAAGUAUAGGUAGUUUUAAGGAAUUAUAUU